AUGGACGCAGAGUCAGAGAGCCACGCCGACCCAGCGCUCACUGCGGGCCUGGGUGGUUUUGACGAUGCAGCUCACAAGCGGCAUUGCUCCUUGAAGCACUGCCCUCGGUGCAAAUUCAUUUGCAACCGUGAGAGGUGGCUGAAAUUAUGUCCUUGGUUAGAUACCAAAUUUGACUUUGAGACCAGACUCUGGGGAGUCGGAUGCAAAGUCUGCAACCAACUGCUUGAACAAAAGCCGGAGGUCAUGCAACGGUUCAGCCAGCACAGGCACCACUUUGCACAGUAUGCAGUGCGAGACAAGAAUUUGAGCAUGGACCGCUUCAAGAAGCACCAGGAGAGCCCAGCACACCGCACUGCAGCCCAGAUGGGCAGCGAUCCGUCUGCUGGCAUUGGGCUUGAAGAUGGCGACGGCAAUGUGCCUACAAGUGCCGAAUGGCUUGCCGUCCUGAAGCACACCGAGCCUAGCCGCUUGACGCUAGACGUUUCUUGUGCUGGAGAAAAAAAGAAAUGCGCCAUGAUGCGGUACUGCCUUGCUGAAGGGCACAGAGCCAAGCAGCGGAAAUUCCUGGCUGGAGCGUUGUGCAUUUCACUUCAACAGGAUGCCAGAGGAAAUCGGUUCUUGCACCGCUUCAAGGCAACCAAUGAGAAGCUCGAGGUCAUGGAGGGCGUGAUCCAUUUGCAGAAGCAAGUUGGCACCGUUGAUCUGCCAGGGGCUGUUGGCAUUCGACAAGCGAGUGUGAAAGCUUUGGAAGCUUUCUGCACUACUGGUUCACCUCCAAGCUACGGUGGAUUAUUGCCAGGAGCCGGACAGGCGGCAACAUUCCAUGAAAGUACUUUCCGGAGCAUUGUGCCCAGAAUUGAAGCAAUGGCCGCCGACGCGGCUGCUGACGAGCAACUUGCCCUACGAGAGAUGGCUUCCAUCGGCGGCCCGAGCCCAGUGGAACUGAAGGAUACCUUGAUUCAGACCCUUCCUUCCUUAAAGGUGUUGGCCAAAGACCGUGCGCAUGCAGCGCAACGGUUGCUGUCAAGGCCAUGGAAGGCCGAUCCUUUUCUGAAGGACAUUAUUCUGCAACUGGUUGAGAAGCAGCACAGCGUGGCUCGGUUGAUUGUGAAUAGCCAACAGAUCAAAGAACUCUACAAUGACUUCAGGUCAAAAUCGAAAGAACCUGUGAAGAUCAGCAAAGCUGUCAAAGACUUGGCAUGGGCACCACAGCGAUACUCUAGUGAGGCAAAGGUCUUGGCCAGACUUGUCCUCACGUGGGAUUCUGUGCUUGGCGUUUUGACAGCAGUUCCCACCAUUCGGGGACCAAGGUCUCCUGAGGGGCAGGCUUGCCUGGAAACUCUUCGUUUCUUGGACCCUGAGAAAGUGCUUCAGUUGGGGAUGCUAGCAGACAGCGCACUUGAAUUGCACCGUGUCGUUAGAUCCUUCGAUGCAGAUGACUUUGACGAAGCCGAGCUGCCUCAGGAGCUGGACCUCUACAGGUCCAUCUUGGAAAGACUCUUCAUCGAUGGUUUGUGCCUUCAGGUUCCCGGAAUGACUAAAUUGAUGAUGGGCUACUUGGAGAAGCCGCGGAACCUGCUUGUCGCAGAUGUGGCGAAAACUUUGGGGGGGACUGACCCACAAACCAACAAACAAUGCCUGAUCAGAAUGUCGGCAUAUGUUGCAGUGGCGAAAAGUGUGAUGGAAGGAGAGUUUCCAAGCUUUGAGCUUAUGUCAAGCCUGCGCGCCUUCAGUGUCUCAGACGAAAUCAAAUCAACACAGAGACGGCAGAGCGGAGAGAUCCAAAACUGUUUGGAGAAACUCGCUCAAGCCAUCGGGGUGUGUGCAGCAACCCUGCAGUAUGAAUACGAUCGGUUAUACCCACUUGCUGCCAAAUUUGGCAAACAAGGCCUUCGCACCUUUGAGGCUUGGAAAAAGGCAGUGGGCUCAGCUUCCAAGAGCAUGGCAUCCUACACCACCGAAGCACUAGUGCCGGCCCUGGCCAGACUUGGUGCUUGGUCUUGUUCCUCGUCUUCGGUGGAGAGAGGUUUUGGAAUGGCGUUGGCAGCCAAACAACUUGGCCAAGGACAGGACGAGCACGUUGUGUCAGAGGAAAGCAUCCUCAUCAUCCAACAGGACAUUCUGCGAGGGAAGGCCGCAGAUGAGUUGGACUUGAAGGACAACAUCAUGAGGGCCAAAGCCAUCUGGGCAUCGAAAGCGCUGAAAGACGGGGAAGCAGGCUUUCUCCAGGGCCGCGAAAUGGUCACGCAGCAACUUGCUGCGUCGUCCAGCUCCGAUAUUGCCGCUUUGAAGACAGAGAAGACUUCUGCAGCUGAGAUUCUGCAAUACUUUGGUGAAAAACAAAUGAAGGAGAUUGCAUUUUCUGAAGCCAAGAAGAGCAAAGCUUUGGUAGAGCAACUACUCCUGAAGGUGUUGCCGCAAGACCAAAUCACGCCAGAACUCACCGCUGCCGCAGAGGAGUACUGCAGGCGGGCCCAGCAAAACCAGAGAGAGAACACCAAUAACCAGAAACUUGCGCAGAAGCGCGUCAUUCAAAAGGAGGCGCGGUGGUGUCGUCAAGGGACGAAGCGGAUGUUCUUAAUAGUACACAGUACACAUGUCUUUGUUGAAGUUCUUAGCUUAUCCUUGCACCAGGCGGCCUGGACUGAAGAGGCUUUGAUCUAUGGCCCAGACCGGGGCGUCCCAAUGACAGCCGCGCGUAUUUUCGUGGCCAACGACCCGAACAACUGUACUUCCCACAUGAAAUUUGUGGGCGGCCUGCUGGGUGGAAUUGUGGCGACGCCGCAGUUUGUGGAGAGCAGGGGCAAAGAUGGCAUUUGCGUUGCAUAUAAGGCUGCCAUCGUCACUGUGAGACGGGUCUUUGUGACACCAUUAUUCAUGGGUAGCCACACUGCAAUCUGCAGAGAUCUGUUGGAGAUUUUGAAAAUAGCAGAAUGUAAAUGGCAGCUUAUGCGCGAAGCUGAGCUGGACCAGUUUGUACAGAAAUUGACUCAGGCCAAGGCGCGCCAGGUUAUCAUUUUCCACGGUCCGGCAGAAGCUGCCCUGUUUCCAGCAAGCACUCACCGGUUCAGCAGUGUAGAGGAAGCAGUUGUGGAUCCUGUCAUUUGUUCUGUGGAUUUGUCUCGUUCUCGAACGGGCAUUUGUCCUGCUUACUGA